AUGAGUGGCAUUGAUGAUACGAGUCUUCCUGCUAUCAAGGACGUUGUUAUUGGCGAGACUAUAGGGCAAGGUGCUUUCGCAUGUGUGAAAAAUGCGUAUUUGAAGGUAGAUCCCAGUGUUGUUAUUGCUGUCAAGUUUGUUCACAUUCCGACGUGCAAGCAAUUUGGCUUAACGGAGAAAGAUGUGGUGGGAGAGAUCAUAUUACACUCGAAAUGCUGCAACCACGCCAACAUCUUACGUGUGAUAGACUGUAACAUUACCAGGGACCAUCUGUGGAUUGCCAUGGAGAUGGCAGAUGGCGGCGACCUCUUCGACAAGAUAGAGCCCGAUGUUGGGGUGGAUUACGAAGUGGCGCAGUUUUACUUCCAGCAGCUGGUCAACGCUAUCACGUACCUGCAUCUGGAGUGUCAUAUCGCACACCGCGAUAUCAAGCCGGAAAACAUCCUUCUGGAUAAGAAUGGGAAUUUGAAGCUGGCCGAUUUCGGCUUGGCGUCCCGCUUCAAACGUAGGGAUGGCACUCUUCGACUGUCAAGCGACCAGCGCGGAUCUCCGCAGUAUAUGGCGCCAGAGGUUCUGAUGGGCGUCAAGUAUCAUCCGGAAAAGACUGACGUGUGGUCUGUGGGAGUAUUAGUCUUUGUGCUACUGACUGGCGAAGUUCCGUGGGAACUGCCGAUACGAACAGAUGAAAACUUCGAAGAGUUUAUUCGAAACGAGGGGAAUAUUACCAUGGGGCGGUGGGCCAGCAUCGAAUUUAGGCACUUGAACCUGUUAAGAAAGAUUUUGCAACCAGACCCGUCUAAAAGGGCCACAAUUCAGGAUCUCCGGAAGCAUCCUUGGUUUCUAAAUCAGCUUAGCUUCGCAAACUCGGAAGGCCUGUGCAGCAACCCAGCCCUUCUGGCUAAGAAGCUAUUUUCCAAUUUGAGGGUAUCUCUGAGUGACGAUGAGUAUAUGAGGUUUACUCAGGAUCCUCUCACGGGCACUGGCCAAAGCAUCGACUUCCGAGCAACUCAGCCAGCUGACAGUGAUUACGCAGGGCUUCAGCACGACACACUGAAUCUGGACGCUGUAGGAUGCACACAGAAACCGUACACACAAAAUACUACAGAAUUGUUGAGGAAUGAUCUUACGACGUCUCAGAGCUCGCGAUGGACGCGAUUUAUCAACACGGACAUUGCAGCUUUACAGUUUUGCCACAAGAAUAAUCCCUCCUUCGCCUCACAGUUCAGGUUCAACCCUAUAAGAUUGACCAAGUUCUAUUCCGUACAGGAAAUGGAGGUUAUACUCCCGUUGUUCGAACAAGCCUUAAGAUUCGCAAAGAUAAACAUCAAACCGGACCUCCUCUCCGAUUUUUUGAACUUGAAGAGUUCGCUCGGCUACGAGGGAGUAUUUCCUCUAGUAAUAAAUAUACGAACACAAGACGCUCGAGGCUCAAAACUCAAUGGAGUCAUUAUAAUUAAGAUCGUUCGUGAAAAUCUGAAAAGCAUUAGCUUCGAAAGGAAAGCAGGUGAUCCUUUGGAUUGGAGGCGAUUAUUCAAAAAAGUAGCCCUAUUUUGCAGAGAAGUCAUUUUGGUUCCUGAUUGA